GCCUCGCCGGAAGUCGGGAGGGCGCCGUCUCCGCUAUGGCGGCCGGGGGACCGAUUUGUUACGCGCUGCUGUGUGGCCAGGCGGCGCUGCUGCUGGGCAACCUGCUCCUGCUGCAGGGGGUCUCCCGGACCCACCAGCACAACGCCACCGAGAGCCCCGCAGGCGCCGCGGACGAGGCAGAGGGGCAACAGCCGCCGCCUCACGCAGACACCGCCUCAGUCUGGGAAUACCAAGGCCCGUACGCGCCGCUGAUUCUCUGCGACCGCCUACCUGAAGAAUUCAUAGAUUGUGAGGCUCCUGUGGACCAUAACGGAAAUAUAAGCGCACGGGACGAAUUAGGUUACGGCUGUCUCAAGUUUGGUGGCCAAGCAUAUAGUGAUGUCAGCCACACUCAAGUCCUCUGCAGGGCAUUGGAUGGCAUUGAGUGCGCAGGACAGCGGACUUUUCUGCGUGGGAACAAGCCGUGCAUAAAGUACACUGGACACUACUUCAUUACCACUCUCCUCUACUCCUUUUUCUUGGGCUGUUUUGGGGUGGACCGCUUCUGCCUAGGCCAUACAGGUACAGCUGUGGGAAAGCUGCUGACUCUUGGAGGACUAGGCAUCUGGUGGUUUGUGGACCUGAUUCUUUUAAUUACUGGGGGACUCAUGCCAAGCGACGGGAGCAACUGGUGCACCAUUUACUGAAAAGCUGUCAUUUGGUCGGACUUAAUCCCGAGAGGAGAAGAAGGGCGAGCCUGGUUUAUGUGACGUCCUGCUUGAGGUCAGAUCCAUGGCAACCAGAGAGGCUGUGAUGGUGUAUUUAUUUUUCCAUGGAACUAGGGUGGGGUUUGACAGAACGAAAGCAAACCGUAAUUCUUCAGGAUAUACCUCAUUGUUUAAAGUUCUCCUCCUUACAGGAAGACUGUACAUUUAUUUAUGAGAUUCAUGCCAUUUUCUACGUGUCGUGCUCCACUUCUGUAUUUCAGCUGAUGCCAUGGUAGUUGCUGAUGUGUGCACAGUGCACAGCCCUAGGUUCUUGCUGCUGUGAGUUUAGAAGUUUUCAUAAUAAGCCCACGUGGCUAGAAUUAGCUGAGAGGAAUUUGCAAGGCUUAAGGCUGUACUAAACGAUGGCGAUUCUUAUUUACUUUCAACUUUAGGAUAGUGGCACUCCAUUUCCCCUUAGAAGUCUCAUGCUACACAGUGUCCCUCUUUGUUUUUGUACAUAGAGAUCUCUGACAAUCCUUCUCCAUUCUUAAUUUUGUUUUACAGUAGAAGUAUAGAGAAGCAACCAUCUUUACUUAGGUACCCAAUUGUAACUUAUUUAAAGUCAACCCCAGCAUGUGCUUGUUAAUUCAAAAAGCAAGUGUCCUUGAUGCCUUAAACCAGGGGUAGGGAACCAUGGCCCUCUUAUGACUUGUGGUCUUCAACUCCCAGGAUUCCCCAUGCUGGCUCAGGAAUUCUGAAAGUCGAAGUCUACGAGUCAUAAAACGACCGUGGUUCCCCAGCCCUGCCAUAAACAGUGACAUUUCUUGCCCCCCCCCCCGCCCUUUAGGAGAAAAUUGUCAGGAGACAGAUUUUUAGAACAAAUCAGUCAAUUUUAAAAAUUAACACAGAAGCAAAUCCUUGCUCUGCUUCCUUAAUCAAAUCUUCACGUUUCAAACUCCGCCAGUUUUGGAACGUGCUUAAUACAAUUCGAUAUCAGCAGAAAAAUAAACCAUCUAGUAGUGGUUGCAUGCAACUUUUUUUGUCAGUGAAAUUGGCAAUUUGUAGGAUAGUUUAGCCUUUCAAAAGCUGAAAUCAAAAUGUAUUCUUUUUUGCAGUAUGAUGAAACAUGAUGGACCGCCAAACUUUCCAGCUGUUGGAUAAUAAGAGUAAACUCAUGUCAAACAUGAUGGGUGGUUCUUUGUAAUAUUAUGAGGUACCUUUAAAAAAGGAGAGCCAGUUCAUAAGCUUUUGGGGGGGUUCUGUUGUAACUUUAAACAGUUGCUUAGUGAGGAACUGCAAGCUCUUAUUAUAGAUAAGGCAAUACAGAGUCAUCUGAUUUAUAGAGAAUUCUGCCCCCAGUAGCUCAGUCAGGUAUUUCAGUCACAAUAGGGACAGCAGGCAAUGGAAUAUAUAGGAAAUACCCUUCCCCCCCUAAACUUGGGGGUCCCAGGACUUAAGAUGAUUUACAAUUGAAAUAGGCGUGGAAUGCCUCUCCAGUUUCACACUACUGUCCACAGUGAUGAUGGGAGGGCAUCUGUUAGUACCCAGUUUUUCAGCGGCCCCCACUUUGUGAUGCUAUCUGGCAAAUGAGGGGCCCUUAGUCUCUCUCAGCUUGUUUUCUUGCAGACGUGUCAUUAUCCAAACUAGGUAACACCAUCACUGCUAGUGAAGUUCAUUUCAACCCUGAGUUAAAAAUAUUCUCCUUUAUUGGUAUCUGACCAAUGGUGGGAGUUGAAGUCCGUCUUAAAAGUUGCUGAGGUUAAUUAAAUACUUCAAGCCAAGCAGAAUAAAUUGAUGAAAAUUC